GCAUGUGUUGUAUUAGAGAUAGAGAAAUAGAGAGAAACAUAAGUUUUAUUGAGUUAACAAAAAAUGGCAAGUUGGUACAUAAUGUUCAUGUUUGCACUAGUACUAGUCCAUGCCACAGCAAGAAAUAUUCCUGAGAUUCAAACUCACAAUGAUAAAAAUUUAAACACUCAUGAGAUUUUAAGUACUAAUUCUCCAACACCAAGCAAUAUUGGAGGACUUAAUGACGAGAAGAAUUUUGUAACAUUUGGUGGCAUAGGUGGUUGUUCCGGAAUUGGUGGCAUAGGUGGUAUUUUGCCAACUCUUGGUGGUGCCGCCGGAGGCAUUGGCGGAGCCGGUGGCGGUCUUGGUGGUGCCGGGUUUAAAGGGAUUGGAGGUGUUGGCGGUGCCGGAGGUGUUGGUGGAGUUGGUGGUGUUGGUGGCCUAGGUGUUGGUGGUGGAAUUGGUGGUUAUAAAGGUGUGGGAGUUAUUAUUCCUUGAAGUGUUACUAUAGUAUUAGUUUUAAUAUUUAUUUUUCUAUUGCAUGCAUGUCCUAGUUCUUGUGUCGUUUCAAGUGUCUAGUAUUUAAAUUUGAUGUUUUUUUAAGUGUUAGUACUAUUAUUCCUAGAUCAUUGUGUUAUCUAGUCUUG